AUGACCUUAGACUUAAGAAGUCCUAUAGAAGAUGGUUUUGAUGAUGACAUAAGCUCUACACAAUAACUAAGUGAUGGAUCAGUUGAAUCAUUGGAAGACCUCCUCCCUAAAAUUCAUUAAAAAUAAAACCCAUUUUGUAUUAUAGAAGAGAAGAUUAUACAAUAUCUCAAAUAAUUAAAUCUAGCAUUUAAAACUGAUCCAAGAAAAAAAGAGUUUGAAUAUAAGUAUUAAUUAUGUCUUAAACUAGUGAAAAAUAAAAAAAGACAAUACCUUAGUUUCUAGGAUCUGUUGAGGGUUCACCUGGCAUAAAGAUCAUCAAAAAUAAAACUAAAUAAAUAAUACAAUAUAAAAAAAACUGA